GGAGCUGCACCCUCUACUGUGGCAAUCUCUACGGCAUCUUUGACUUUAGGUAAAUGAGAUUUAUGCUAAUAACUGCCCUGCACAUCAGCAGAUUUGGUUAACACUUCUCUUUAUCUCAUGCUCGCUGCAGACUAAAAGUGCCAGAAAGACGAAAACAUGUAGUUAGACAGGAAGGACUGUGAGUGCAGCCAGGCAUGCGCCCAGUGAUGAAACCAAAAAUGGGUUGGCUUCCUUUCCCCUUGAUGUUUGAAAGAGGCCUCCCCACCACCACCACCACCCACCCCUGUUUUCCAAGGCGGAGCUAUCACAGCAGUAAGCAGUUAGUGCAUGAGACCUAUCACAACCCAGUCAUCACAGCGAGACUCACUAACGUCUGCACUUGUGUAUACCCCAAUUCAGUUUGUUUUCGUUGUCAGUGUUUUCUACCUUCACAGAUACUUGGACUACAAAAUAGAUAUGAUGGAAUGGCGUCUAGUUGUUUGGCUAAUUGUUUUACCUCCAGCUCUAGUAAAUGGAGAAGUGGUGUACCUCAGCCAGAAACGCAAUGGUUCUAUUGAGCUUGCAUGCUUGUCUACUACGAGCGGUCCUUUUGCCUUCUAUCUGAAACGCGAGUGGCUGCAGCCCAACAAAGAAGUUCUGUUCAUCCACCAAGGCCAUGAUCCCACUUUUGGUCCUGAUGAAACCGACAGGAGUCGCAUCCGUGUUUUUGAGAACCUCCGCUCUGGUCAGGUGAAUGUGAGCAUCUCUCACCUGCAGGGCUCUGACACUGAUCGCUACAUCUGCGAGUUCGUGUUUCCUGACGUUACCGAUGACCGCAAGGAACCUGGCAGAGAUAAGUUCCUCCUCUAUGUUGCGGAUCAUGUUGAACAGCCUUGCAGCUGUUCCAGUUAUCCAGUUCUCCUUUACACCAUCGCUGGAGCUAUUGGUCUUCUGCUCCUCAUCAUCCUGGGCCUCACAGUAGCAUAUUGUGGCAAGGCGCGCAACGGCAGCAAGCCACAGCCCGCCGUCCCCAUCUAUGAGGAGAUGGCAGGCCUGCAGUCAGGAAACAGCAAAGCUUUCUGUGACCCGGGUCAUUUUGGGGAGAGUGAGUAUGUGAAGCCCCGCCGUGAGAACCCCUACUCCAGCCCUUAAAGGGGGCCCUGGCCUCCUGAGCAAUCUACACCCACCUGAGCUCCUCAUUCAUGACCGGAUGACCGUUUUACCUGAAGAGUCGGGGCAGUUCACUUCGAGACCCAAACACAAUGUCGCUGUCUUUCACAAAACUUAAUACCCUCAGACUGAGGGAGAAAUGCAUGCUUUGCAGUUUGUUGUAUCUUCAGAAGUGUAAUACUAGAGUACGUUUGUUAGUGGAGCUGUUAAAGCGCAGUCAGGGAUUUUGCAGGAAGUUGCGUUUGUGUUUUUUGUGCAAAAAAAGCAUACAUAAUAUUUUAA